AACCCGCAACGCAUUGUGGGAACGCACGUGCGGUCAACAUGGCGGCGCCCUUUAGGAGCGUUUAUCGGCCGCUAUGGAGAAUAAUAACAGGAUCUGGAAGAUUAACGUUAGGGAUGAGACAUAUUUCUUCUAGUAAGAAUCUGUGGUGCGCGAAAAAUCUCAAAACUGCGAGUGCUGCGUCUCAAUGGUCGCUACACGGCGCAGUUUGUCUGCAAAGGCUGCCUGUCAUCUCUCAAGACAGAAGCCCCAUAGAGGAAGAAUUCAUGGAGCUAUUGCAGCAGAUGGAGUUAGAGAGAAGUCUACUUUCAGACCACGAGUUGAGGCUCUUGGAAGACGCAGCACGUAUGAGUCGGAAACAGGAGGACGACUACGAUUCGGAUGAAGAGAAGGAUUAUGGAGAUGAAGAAAUCGUUACAGCACAGGAUCUGGAAGAUACAUGGGAACAGAAAUUCAAGCAGUUUCAUCCUGCACAGAGGUCCAAAGGUGACAAGCUCGAUGUGAGUUCUUCAGAGCGUUGUUUAGCAGACAGCCUGAUCUUGUUGGUCAAACAAGAUGUUGGAAGUCAAAAGGUUUGGCUUUUGCCUCAGAUUCAGUGGCAGGCUGGAGAGACUCUUCGACAGACAGCUGAACGUGCCCUUGGAAAUCUGCCAGGUGCAGAUCUGAAAGCUACUUUCCUUGGCAAUGCACCUUGCGGAUUUUACAAAUACAGAUACCCAAAAGACAUUCAAAAAGAGGGCCGCGUUGGAGCCAAAGUGUUUUUCUUCAAGGCCAUGACGUGUAGUCCCAAGCACUUACCUCUAGAGAAGAAUUCAUUUGCCUGGGUUAAAAAGGAUGAACUUCAGGACUUCCUAAAGCCAGAGUACCUGAAACAAGUCAAUCGCUUCAUCAUGGGCUUGUAAUAUAAUAUGCAGAAAAAUGGACCGAUUGUAUGGUGUUUAAACCUGUUCAGUACUAGCUUUGAUCAUUUCUUGCCUUUACACAUGUACAUUGUCACCAUGGCUUUUCACUGUGUAUUCAUUUCUGCUGAUUGCUCUUGCUGUAAUGUUAUGAAUGAGACCCACGUACCCUGACUGUUAAUGUAUCAUUAAAUUGCCAGUUUUUCCAAUUGUAAAACCUUUUUAUAUUCCUCUGAUUAGUCUCUUAUUAUUAUCGCUUCAUAUUUAAAAUAUUACACCAUACAAUUUUCCCAGUCCUAAUAAUGCCAUAAUAAAAAUGGAUGUCCAAAAUGAAUCAUAAAAGCAGUAAUCUUUUAAAAUAUUACCACUUGAGGGCAGUAGUAGGACAGGGAAUGGCGUAUAGACUAUUUGGAGCAUAAAGAACACCCACGCACCCCCCUCUAAACACAUCAUUUUAUACUGUAUGAUUGGCCAGCAUCUAAUGUAAAUGUCUUGUAAUUUGGUUUGUCUUGUGUACUUAUAGUUCCCCUUUUCGCACUGUUGUCACACAGUCCUUGACUUUUGUGCUGUGCUAGUGGAAAUUGGGAUUAGUAAUACUAUGAAUUAUUUAGGUACCUUGUUAAUGUAGGUCUGUAAAAUUGGCAGAGUCACAAUUGUAAGUGUUUUGGGAUUUGGAGAAAUUACUUUGUGGUAAAAAUUCCAAAGUCCUCAUAAAUAGUGCAGCCGUGGACCCUACAGUUAUAAGAUGGGUAACUUCUUAUCUACUAAAGAAACCAACACAGAAAUUCGAUUUAAUCAGAUUUAAUACAAAUUCUGAUUCCAUUACAAUACCAUUAUGAACCAUUACAAAAUCCAAUUGUGUAGUGUGUUUUGGGCCUUAUGUCAAUAGGAUUUAAUGUUGUUCUAUUGAUUCCGAUCCACCAGAUAACAUCCCAGCAACAGAACCCAAUACAUUACCAGUAGAGAGAGACCAUUAUGGUUUACUUUAAAAACAAUACUAUUUCCGUUAUAACCAUUAAAUCCAUGGCGAUUUCUAUGAUU